AUGCGCGACGAGGACAGAAUCAUUCGGCACCACCCUCGUCUUCCAAAUGCGCCAUUUCCGUAUGACACCAAGUCACCGAUUUAUAACCCAGACGACUCGGAAUUAUUCAGGCUGAUCGUGCAGGAUCAUCCACUCUGCUUUUUUCUAAUAUCACUUGGUCGAAUUCUCGUAACAUUCCUUAGAAGACUUCCGUCAGCAAGAGCUUCUCCGUAG